AUGGCUUCCGCCCCUCCUCCUCGCGACCGGGGCGACUUUGAGAUUGCCGUGACAUGUGCCUUGUCCCUGGAAGCUAAAUGCGUGUAUGACGCGCUGGACAAGAUCUGGGACGACAAGAAAUAUGGCAAAGCCCCGAACGAUGACAAUGCCUACACCCUCGGAGUGAUCAGCGAGCACCAUGUCGUGUUGGUCCACAUGCCCGGCAUGGGCACCAUUCGCGCGGCGUAUGCGGCGGGCCACUUGAAGAUGAGCUUCCCCCACAUCAAGCUGGCUCUGGUGGUGGGCAUUUGUGGAGGGAUGCCUCGUGGGACCAGCAACGAGGAAAUCGUGCUCGGUAAUGUGGUCAUCAGCAAAGCGCUCAUCCGAUAUGACUUUGGGAAGCAAUACCCGCACGGGGUUCAAGAGGAAGACGGACGUGCUGGACACUCUCGGUCCACCGAACAGCACCUGCGAGACAUGCAAAACAAUACCGCCACCUUUCUCCACGCCCUCCGGCAGAAGUCGUCGCAAACCAAACAUCCCAGUAUCGAGAACGACAUCCUCUACCACUCGUCCUAUACCCCACCAGCACCACCCACCUGUUGCGUGCGAUGA